CUCUCUCUCUCAUUGCGAUUUCAGGAAAAUGGCUGAGGCCAGUAUUUCAGUAGAUCAGCUUUCUGUGGACCAGUUCAUGUGUCCAGUGUGUCUGGAUCUCCUGAAGGAUCCGGUGGCUAUCCCCUGUGGUCACAGUUUCUGUAAGGUGUGUAUUAAUGGCUGCUGGGAUCAGGAGGAUCAGAAGGGCGUCUACAGCUGUCCUCAGUGCAGAGACACUUUCACGACAAGGCCUGUUCUACGCAGAAACAACAUGCUGGAUGAAGUGGUGGAGAAACUGAAGAAGACUGAAGUCCAAGCUGCUUCUCCUGCUCACUGUUACGCUGGACCUGGAGAUGUGGAGUGUGAUUUCUGCACCGGGAGAAAACACAAAGCCGUCAAGUCCUGUCUGAUUUGUUUGACGUCAUUUUGUGAAAUUCAUCUGAAACCUCAUCUUGAAGUUCCUGCUUUGAAAAAACACACAUUAAUUGAAGCCUCAGCAAAACUCCAAGAGAAGAUCUGCUCUGAACAUGGUGAAGUGCUGAAGAUCUACUGUCGUACUGAUCAAACCUGCAUCUGUUAUUUGUGCAUGUUGGAGAAACAUAAAGACCAUGACGCUGUUUCAGUUGCAACAGAAAGAGCUGAGGUUUUAGCUUCUGGACGUCGCUCUCCUCUCUUCCCAAGACCAGAUUUUUGCACAUCCAGCGUCACUGUCCAUCAACAUCUCUCAUUUGAUGGAGUGAGGAAUUCUCUCUCAGAUCUGAAAAAGAGACUCGAGGAAUUCUGUGAGGAGGAAUUCAACAAAAUCCCUCCACAUGCUGCAGCAGUUCAGAUCAUUUCAGGACCAGAACCACAGAGCAGAGGAGAGUUUCUGAAAUAUUUCUGUUAUCUGACUCUGGAUCCCAACACGGCACAUCGUCACCUCAUUCUGUCUGAGAAGAACAGAGCGGUGAGAUGGAGUGAGAGAGAGCAGCGUUACUCUGAUCAUCCAGAGAGAUUUGAUUACUGGGGGCAGGUGUUGUGUAAGGAGAGUGUGUGUGGACGCUGUUACUGGGAGGUGGAGCGGAGCGGUGAUGAUAGUGUGUUCAUAUCAGUCUCAUAUAAAGACAUCAGCAGGAAAGGACGGGGUAAUGAGUGUGGGUUUGGAUUCAACAAUCAGUCCUGGAGUCUGUGGUGUUCUUCUUCUUCUCUCUCUUUCUGGUACAACAACAUUGAGACUGAUCUCAGAGUUCCAUCAGCCUCCAGAAUAGGAGUGUAUGUGGAUCACAGUGCAGGAACUCUGUCCUUCUACAGCGUCUCUGACACGAUGAAGCUCCUCCACAGAGUCCACACCACAUUCACUCAGACUCUAUACGCUGGGUUUGGGUUCGGGCUCAGGUUCGCGCUCCUUUGGUUUCCUGGUUCUACAGUGAGAUUGUGUGAUCCAGAAUAAAAGUGUGUAGUGUUUUCUGUAAAAUUCCUGCACGUUGCCACGUU